GCCACUCCAAUUUAUUUUGAACAGUGAUGCUGUGAGGCAGCACUUCACUUCCUUCUAGGAGACAGUGACUACCUGAGGCAACACUUCACUUCCUUCUAGGAGACAGUGACUACCUGAGGCAACACUUCACUUCCUUCUAGGAGACAGUGACUACGUGAGGCAACACUUCACUUCCUUCUAGGAGACAGUGACUACCUGAGGCAACACUUCACUUCCUUCUACGUGAGGCAGAACUUCACUUCCUUCUAGGAGACAGUGGAUACCUGCUUCUGGCUCAGCUAUGCGGCCGUACCACAGCUCUCGGUCCAGACCGGACCGUCUCCCCUCUGGAGCUCCAGCAGGUCAAGGCCACCUCGGGUCACCCAGAUCUCCGGUGUGCACAUCCGAGCAGACAGCGUCGACGUCAACGAGCCGCCACGAGGAAGCCACACAGUCGGGUUCCUCCGUAAACCGAGACUGUUGUCCAGUCUGCUUGCAGACGGCCAGCUUCCCAGUCCGGACCAACUGCGGCCAUUUGUUCUGUGCUCCCUGUCUGAUCGCCUAUUGGAGACAUGGGUCCUGGUUGGAUGCAAUCAGCUGCCCUCUCUGCAGACAGAAGGUCAGUGUGCUGUGUAACCUGUUCAACGAGACUCCAUCGGACCGUCAGUCAAAGGAAGUUCUCGGGGAAAUCACAAACUACAACGAGCGUUAUUCUGGAGCCCCGCGAAGGGUGACGGACUACCUGUGCGACGCUCCCCUUCUCCUGCAGCUACUGGCCCGAAGCCUGGGCGCCAUUGGAGGACUCGUGUGGUUGUUUUUCUUCAGGGUGGCCCUGUGCUGCGUUGGGACCGUGGUGUCCAUCUCCUCCGCUCCUCAGGACCUCGCCUCCUCAUCAGCAAAUCCCCUGGGAACAGACCCCUCCCUGCGCGGACUGCUGGGGGUCCUGGAUGACCUGGUGGUGGUCAUCCUGCUCCUCAUCUGCGUUAUCAACAUCAACCAUCAAAUGGCGCCAGAGAGACGAGGACACUCUGCGAAUGCUACGACCUCAGAAAGAGUGUUAGGGGGUUCACUGUAGACAGAUGCUGUUUGACAAAGACUUCUAUUGUUUUUCUUACUUCUGGCUGUAGCUAGUUGGAUUAGUGGAUACAAUAAUAUUGACUACAGCACAGUCCAGGCCUGUUUGUCAAGGGUUUACAGGGCCUAUGUAAGAGUGUUAUCUAAAAUGCAAUGUCAUGCAAGUGUGCUGGUUCAGCUGUGGUUACAAAUUCUUAUUCUGUAAGUUCCUGAGGCCUGGAGUGUUUGUUUGGGAGUAAAUCGCAAUUUCAUCCUUUAUUUUUUACCCCAAAAAACUGUUGAGUGGGCAGCAAGCUGUCAUGUCAGUACUAUAAUAGUACUAUGUAAAUACUUGACAUAUGUUUUUGUGUAAAAUAAAGAAUAUUUAU